GCCUCCGAAGUGUUAAGGUGACCUGCGCCGUGCUAGUCCUGUUGCCAUUUGCGAGCUGACUCGGACCGGUCGCGAUCAUGUCUCUGUCUAACAAGCUGACCCUGGACAAGGUGGAUGUGAAGGGGAAGCGAGUGGUGAUGAGGGUUGACUUCAAUGUUCCCAUGAAAAACAACCAGAUUACUAACAACCAAAGGAUUAAGGCCGCUGUCCCCAGUAUCCAGCACUGCUUGGACCAUGGUGCUAAAUCAGUCGUUUUAAUGAGCCACCUUGGCAGGCCAGAUGGUGUCCCCAUGCCUGAGAAGUACUCCCUGGCACCGGUAGCUGUGGAACUGAAGUCUCUUUUGAAGAGAGAUGUAGUGUUCCUGAAGGACUGUGUGGGAGCAGAAGUCGAGGCCGCAUGUGCAGAUCCAGCCCCUGGGACCAUCCUUCUCCUGGAGAACUUGAGAUUCCAUGUGGAGGAAGAGGGAAAAGGCAAAGAUGCUGCUGGGAACAAGACCAAGGCAGAUCCUGCAAAAGUUGAAGCUUUCAGAGCAUCUCUGUCCAAACUUGGAGACAUCUACGUCAAUGAUGCCUUUGGGACGGCACACAGAGCUCACAGCUCCAUGGUGGGAGUUAAUUUGCCCCAGAGAGCUUCUGGCUUCUUAAUGAAGAAAGAGCUUGACUAUUUUGCCAAAGCUUUGGAGAACCCAGAGAGACCAUUCCUUGCCAUUCUUGGAGGUGCCAAGGUCAAGGACAAGAUCCAGCUCAUCAAUAACAUGUUGGAUAACGUGAAUGAAAUGAUUAUUGGCGGAGGAAUGGCAUUCACCUUCUUGAAAGUGUUGAACAAUAUGGAGAUUGGCACUUCAUUAUAUGAUGAAGAGGGUGCAAAAAUUGUAAAGGACUUAAUGGCUAAAGCUGAGAAGAAUGGUGUAAGGAUCACCCUGCCCGUGGACUUCACCACCGCUGAUAAGUUUGAUGAGAACGCCAACACUGGCCAGGCCAGCGUCUCCACUGGAAUCCCAGCAGGAUGGAUGGGUCUUGACUGUGGGCCAGAAAGUAUUAAGCUGUUUGUGGAAGCUGUGGGAAGAGCCAAGCUGAUUGUAUGGAAUGGUCCAGUCGGUGUAUUUGAGUGGGACAAAUUUGCUAAAGGAACUAAAGCCGUUAUGGACAAGGUUGUGGAAGUCACAGGAAAGGGCUGUAUAACCAUCAUUGGUGGAGGAGACACAGCAACCUGCUGUGCAAAGUGGGACACUGAAGACAAAGUCAGCCACGUGAGCACCGGAGGAGGAGCGAGCCUGGAGCUUCUCGAAGGUAAAGUCCUCCCUGGUGUGGAUGCGCUGAGUAACGUGUAACCCUUGAAUGUCAACGAUAUCAAGAGCCAAUUCUUGAGCAAGAACGGUUGGAGUCAUGUCCUGGGGAAUGAAAGCUGAAGCCACGAGCACUUUACCCUGAAAUCCUACGGUUCUCACCUGGACGGCCAUCAAGCUAUUUACUUGGCAGCCUCAGAGCAUUGCAUAGUCUGUGUUGGUAGUGAAAGGGUUUACCAUGCUUUGUCACCAUUGCCAAGUUCAUGGCUUGUCUGGACAGAUAAUGUUGCAGUGUGCUAGGCCCCUCGUGUGGUGUAUAUGGUUUGCCUCCUAGAUGUGUAUAUAUUGCCCUGAAGAUGUCUAUGGGGUCUGUGCUAUUCAUCCAACUACCAUUGUAUUCACGGUUUACAUGACAAGCUACAAAUUGGGUGUCUCCGUUCAGUCUACUCAGAAUAAAAGCCCACACCUUGGAUUCUGGA